AUGACUAUCAGCACAGGUCGGAAUGCUAAACGCACAAGCACUGGUUGUCUAACCUGUCGUCGACGCAAGAAAAAGUGUGACGAGCAACAUCCAAUUUGUCUUGCUUGCAGCAAGAACAAUAUCCAAUGUACCUGGGGUCAGCAGCGGCGAAAACAACGCUUGCACCGACCACAGGCUUACAAUAGAGACUUUGAAAUUCCCCAGGAACUGAGCCACUGUAUCAAUGUUUUUGCAGCUCCAAGUAUGAACCUGCAAGAGCGUCUGAUUUCACACUUCGUGAAGUAUUGCCCAGUUUGGAUCGCAUCUAUUCGUGUUUUAGAAGGGUCGAACUUCUUAGUUCAUUUCAUCCCUAUAGCGAUGCGAAACGCCUUGGUGAUGGAAUGUGUUCUGGCAGUCGCCGCUGGUGACCUUGGCAAGAUCGGUCGAGAAUCAAUUGAGCUCCAAAGCAUAUCAAAUUAUCACUACGCACGGGCUAGUGUGGGGUUAUCAGCCGCUAUUACGAAGGAGAUGGGCCCCGGUUGUGACCAAGAAAUCCUUGCUUCGGGUGAGUUAUACGCACAACCAACCUUCCUUAUGUUGUGUCCACAGGUGGCUAAGCUGAAGUCAGAUGAGACUCUCUGUGCAGUUCUUCUUCUUUGUGUCCAUGAAGUAUGA